UACUGAACGAUAGGUUCACUCUUCCCAAACACGCAAUUAGCCUACACAUUCAAAACAAAGCUCAGUGCAAUAUUAUGUGAUGAAACACUCUUGGCUGAUGUCUUGUCUUUUUUGUAGGCCUCAAUGUAGAUUAUGCAUCUUGUGAACUGAAUCGAGCUGGAGAAAACUAAACUUUUAAAGUCACCAAAAAUGCAAGCAAUUAAUUUAGAUAUCUACAGCCUAUCUUUGCUGACUGCGAAAGAGGACGUCCUGAACCCAAGAUCAUCAAUAAAUUGGGCAAUUUUUGCGUAUGAUGGUAUCACAAACAACCUCAAGCUGUUUGAUUCUGGAGCUGGCGGUCUGUCUGACCUGGUCGGAAGAUUCCCCCUCAAUUGUCCUCUCUACGGACUCUGCAGGGUGGUCACAGAGGACACAGGACAGUCCUGCAUUGUCCUUAUCGCCUGGGUUGGGGAGGAGGUUGAUGAUCUUCGACGGGCAGAGUGUACAAGCCACGUUCCUGCCAUCAGAGGUUUCUUCAAGGAGGCUCAUGUGUUUCUCAGGGCAGGUUCUACAGAGGAGAUAACAGAGGAGAGGGUACUGGACAUGUUCAGUAAAGAGAAAGAGGAGACUGUGGGCUCAGAGUGCAUGAGUAUGAUAGCUGGUGCCGAUAUUUGGAAGUUGAACAGGGAUUCUUUCUGGGCACAUGCAGAAAGAGAGGAGCAGGAGAGGAGAGAGGAGGAGCGCCGGAGGGCAGCAGAGGAGAAGAGGCGCAGGGAGAGAGAGCGGAUACAGCAGGAAAGGUGGAAUGCAGAAGAAAGGGAGAGGAGGAUGAACGAGGAAACGGUACAGAAACAGAGUGGUCUCGCCAAUCUCAGGAAUCUGCAAGACCAGAUUGAAGCAGGGAAUUGCAAACAAGAAUGGCUAAGAUGGGAGCAACGGCAGAGGGAGCAAGAGACAAGACAUGGUCCGGCUCACACAGACUCUAUACAGAGAGUAGCUGAGGCAGCAGCACUAUUGUCUCAACGCUCUGCAAAUCCACGGGAAUUUUUCAAGCAAUUGACCACUUCGUUUUCCUCUAGCUCUUCAUCCCCCACAUCGGGAUCCCCACACAAAGCGAGGCCUAAAUUCAGACCACACCAACCGAGCCUGACAGACAGCUGUUUUGGAAGGAUAGAACCCUCUACUCCAGCAAUGGUCUCUUCCCUAACCCCCUUCCCCCUUCCAUGGACCCCUUUGGUCCCAUCCCAGACCCUCUCUCUCCCACAGGUCCGCCAUUCAUCUCUAAACCCCUCCAGACCACUGUCGGCGCUGCCUCAGAUCCCCUGCAAACUGAGAGAGCUGGAGGCAGAGUUUACAGAGGGACAGGGAGAAAGCGUUGGAAUUGAAGUGGAUAUUGAGGAGAGAAAGAUGGAAGAGAUAAAAGCCACCCCUUCUGCGGGGGAUAAAAGAGAGGAGGAAGACAAGGUUCAAGAGGAGGGAAUAGAAGAGAGAGGAGGGAUGGGCAGAAUGAAAGCAAUGAUAUAUGAAGAUGAGGGGAUGGAAGGAAUAGAAGAAAUUGAGGGAAAAGUGAUUGAAAAGGACAAAAUGGCUAGGAAGACUGAUAAGGAAGAAGCAGAGGAGAGAAUAGGAGAAGAGGAUACAUUAGAUGGAAAAGAGGGAACAGAUACUAUAACCUCACCCAUCGAGUUAGACACAUCCCUGGAAGGUCCCUGCUAUAGCCCUGAAACUCCACCCAUCAACCCAGCUACAGAGGAGCAGCACUACUUUACCCAGAACUUCUCAGAUCUUCACCCAACCUUCGCUGUGUUUGGUCCAGCCUUAGAAGAGAGUCUCUCUGGUCUGGGACUCUCAGCGUCCACUAUGGAGUCCACAUCUACCAGUAAUAAUCCAAUGAGUCAAUGCACAGCAAAUCAGUCAGUUCAACCCAUUCCAGUCCCCAUUGUAGCACUGGAAGAAAAACAACCUGGGCUUAACAUUAACCUGGAAAUGGAGUCAUUUGAUGAGGAAGGACAGGAAGUGCUGGUAGAGGAGGAGGAAGAGGAGCCAUCCAUUAAGAUCACAGAUGAGGAAGGGCUUGAUCCUGAAUUUCAUCCAUUGAACGGGUUGAGUAGGAGUAAAAAUUCUCACCGCCAUAUUUCUGUCACCUCAGAGCCACCCUCCUGCCAUCUGUCAGUACCGUGUAAGAUAUACCUUUUGGAACUAUGGCCAAAAAGUUCCAUCUUGGUUUCAUCAGACCAUAACACAUUUUCAAACGUGAUUAAGUUGCAUCUGAGCCUUUAUUACAUUGAGGGUCAACUGAGUCAGGCAGUGGUCUGA